UUGGUUUGAAAACAAUGGUUUGAACAAUAUUGUUCCUUCUCCAUCUAUCUCGAGACCGUGUGGAUGCUUUCUUUAGGAUUCAGUGAACAGUAAAAUGAUCAGGAUGACUAGACUUUGAGAUGGACUUCCUCAAUCCACUCAGUGAUACAUUCGCCAGAUCCAGGGCUGACCAAUCAUCUUCAGCUGUUGGUGGCUUCAUUUCUUCACUCCUAGUUGACGAUUACGACGAUGAGGCAGUAUGGCAGCAAGUUGAGAUAACCUACAAAAAGUUAUGCAACAGAAUCAGCAGGCGGGAUAGUGGCCAUGAGUUUUCUCUUGCUGAAGUGAAAGGAGCGUUGCAGCAGAAAAAUAAUGCGGCUGAAAAGUUUGUGUUGAAAGGCAGACAACAAAAUGGCCUCGCUGACAAUGCAGAUGAUGAUGAUGAUGAUGAUGAUGAUGAUGACGACGACGAUGUGGAGCCAUCAUCUGAAGAGGACGAGACUUCAGACAAGAAGGUGGAGAAAUUCAUUCCCCGGGGCGAGGAGGGUGUGAAAAAGGGAGUCAAUGACGGCUUCUUUAAUUUGGAUGAAAUGAAUGCUUACCUCAACCGACAGGACGGCCUGGAAGAGAAGCGUGGUCUCCAGAAUAAUGCUGAUGAGGAUGAUGAUGAGGAGGAUGAGGAUGAGGAUGAUGAUGAGGAAGAUGAUGAGGAAGAUGAUGAGGAAGAUGAUGAGGAAGAAGAGGGAGUAGAAGAGGACAGUGGAGAAGAUGAAGAUGGCGAUGAGAGCGAGAAUGAGAUGGAGGAUGGCAUGGAAGGCAUGGAGGAAAGUUCAGAAGACAUGAGUGACGCCCAGGGUAGUGAUAUGGACAGUGGUGUGGAAGAUCAGGAUAUUGCGGAGGAUGAUGAGAACAUGGAGAGCAUGUCUGCUCAUGAGAGACGUCAGUACAAGCUUCGCAGGGAGAUGUCCGAACUGGAGCAGCAAAACUUGGCGCCCAAGUCAUGGGAAAUGUCUGGAGAGACAACUGGCCUAGCACGGCCCGCCAACUGUAUGCUUGAAAAAUUUAUGGAAGUGGAUAACAUCGCAAUCACUGCCCCAGUACCCACGGACGAAACGACUAAAACACUGGAAGACAAAAUCAUCCAAAGAAUUAAGGAUCAGGCAUGGGAUGAUGUUGUCCGAAGAGAGAAGCCCACUGAAAAGCCGUACGAGUACCGCAAGUCGGCUCCACUUGACCAGGAGAAGAGCAAACUCAGUCUCGCUCAGGUGUAUGAAAAGGAGUUUGUUGACAAAAUGCAGAAGGAUGCACCGAAGGAAGAAUCGCCGGAGAUCAAGGAUAUUCGCCGAAGAGCCAAGCUGCUUUUUGCCAACCUUGAUUCUCUCUGCAAUUUCCAUUAUACACCGAAAACAACGUCUGAGGACGUGAAGAUCGUCACAAACCGACCGGCAAUAGAAGUUGAAGAAGUCAUCCCGGCAGCUACAUCGGGUGCAACUCUACUGGCCCCAGGUGAAGUGAUGGCGUCCAAGAAGGGGGAGACAAAGGGCGCUGCUGAAGAAACCAGCACCGACAAAAAGCGACAGCGCCGUGCAAAGAAGACAGCACAGCGCUUGCGGGCCGCCAAGGACAAGAAGAAGAUCAAGACGGGUGGAAAGACAGCUGCUGCUGUUGACCAUGUCAAUAAACAGGCCAAGAUCGGCAAGGUCAAGAUUGUUGGCAAGGAUCAGCCAGCAGACAAGGCCAUCAAGUCCAGUACCGCUUUCUUUGCGAAACUCCAGGACCAAGCAACAGCUGCUGUUGCCAAGGCCAAGUCAUCUGCUUGAGAACACUUCUUUUUUUUAACCUGUACAUAUGUUUCGCAUGUUUGAGAUUAAUAUUUUCAUGGAUGAAUUUUAAUGCUAUAGUCAUCCUACAAGGCUGUCUUGAUCUCACUUUUGCUGGGCAAAGUUGAUCUCCCUGUGCUUUCCGAACGCUGGUAUCCUUUGUGCAUUGUCUGAUCCCCAAGGGCUGCUCUUCUGUCGGCCGCUUGUAACAGGGCACUGUCCCGCCACUACUGCCUGGCACUUGGCAAACAUGAAACACAGGCUGUGUACCCGAUGGCGGCAUUUAUUGAGGCCCACCUGUGGUCCAAGAAAACAAUGCACCCAUACAAACAUGUGGAAAUGGUUGCCCUAUUUCUGGCUUUACUUGCAUAAUUCAUGUAUGCUCAUUAGUUUGCAUAGCUGAUUGAGCCAGAUUAAAAAACCUUAUGUAGAUACACAGCCAUAGCCAGAUGUUACUGCCACUUCAAUAGUAGCAGUGGGGGCGGGGGCUGAAGAGUUUACUCUUGAUAACAGCAUGCAUAAUGAUACUAAUAAUAACAACAAUGAUAUUGCGUA